AUGUACCAUCUCUUCAAAUCCAUCUACCUGCACGCGACCAGCAAAGAAGAGUACUCAAUCCUGCUCCUUGGCCUUGACAAUGCCGGCAAGACGACCCUCCUCGAACAGGUGAAAGGCACCUACACGUCGCUAAACCCGAACCUUAAGACGGUCCCCACCGUUGGUCAGAACGUCGCGACAAUCUCCCUCCCGCCGCCAAACCCUCCGAUCUACCUCAAAAUAUGGGACGUCGGCGGACAACAUAGCCUGCGCGGUCUCUGGCAAAGCUACUACAGUUCGUGCCACGCGAUUGUCUUUGUAAUCGACAGCUCCGACGUGGGCAACGCCAGUCUCGCCGAGAUGGGCAGCGGCGGUAUCAACGAUGACCAGGGCCGACUGGAAGAAUGCCGGCUGGUGCUGGAGUCAAUUCUGUCAAAUGAGGAGACUUCGGGUGUACCCAUACUGGUGCUAGCGAACAAGCAGGACAGGGAGGAUUGUGUCGAGGUCGUGAGGAUCAAGGAGGGGUUUGUGAGGAAGGUGUUCGAAGGGGAGAAGGGCGGAAAUGUGAGGGACAGUAGGGUGUUACCGUGUAGCGCGCUGACCGGGACGGGCGUGAAGGAGGCGGUGGAAUGGUUAUGUUCGAGAGUACAGUGGAAUAAGGAGGCUAGGCCGCCACUUAAGAGGUAG